AUGGAUCCCAAAAUGGCAUUUCACAUCAAGGUCUAUCCAUCAUCAGAUCUUCCCAAUCAACCGUGGAUCUCAAGCCUCACACACAUGGUGAACGCCAGCUACCGCGUCACCACAAAAAUAAAGUUCGCCACGACCAAGACCCGACUAUCCACCGACUCCACGCUCUCUGAGGAGCUCGGUGUAGACGGAUUGACCGCAGUGGCGCUUGUUGGAGAUGGAAAAGAUCAAAAGAUCGAAGUGAUCGGAACCGCAAGUAUGAAGAAAUGGAAAGACGACGGCCUUUGGACGCCUACAACCAAAGACGGGCAUGAUGUAAACCUGAAUGAGGUGGGGGACGCAAUCAAUGGAGGUAUUGAUCAAACACUUCACCAACAUGCCUGUCCCGGAGACUAUGAGCUAGCUGUUGUUGCUCUCCUGCCAGAUCCACGGUACCGCGGCAAGGGUAUUGCUGGACAUCUUGCGAGGGCAUGUGAACAAGAGCUUUUGCGUCAGCAUGGGGUCGAUGGAAAGGAUGGAUCGGCUCCGGUACGGAUUAUGAUUCGGGCUACUAAAGAAGAUAUCGGUGCCUACUGGCUGAAACAGGGGUUCACUGUUGUUGGUAGCCGGAGGUGUCCCAAGGGGCACUGGGAUUCGUUGGAGGAGUUUACUAUAUGGGCGAUGAUGCGAGAGUUGUCAACAUAG